AUGCCUCCUACACCUGCAGUUGGAGAGUUUGCAAAAGCUCCUCCCAAUGCCAGCAGAAGUCCCUGCCCCGUCGUCAAUGCUCUCGCAAACCAUGGCUAUCUUGAGCGCAGCGGCCGCGGCAUUUUCAUGGAUGAUCUCAACGCCUCAAUGAAACACGUCGGCAUGAGUCCUCUUCUCGGCUCUGUCUUUGCCAUCCCCACCUACUUUGAGUACCAAAACCCAGCCAAGGCAUACAUGAAAAAGCCUGUUGGCACAUGGCAGAGGAUCUGGUCCCUCAUCAAGAACCCCUACUCCUUCUUUGACUAUUUCGGCUGCUGGAAUUCGAAGCAGAUCACUGAUGGAAAGAAGUAUCUCAAUCUUGAGAAUCUUGCUUCUCACGGCGCUAUUGAGCACGACAUCUCUCUAUCAAGACGGGACAUUGCUCAGAAGCAGGGAAACAAUGAUCCUCAACAGGACUUGAUUGAAGAGAUGCUGGAAUAUUCUUAUGAUGGUGAAACUCUCACCAUUCCAGAUCUUGCCCAGUUCAUCAAGGCUCGUAUCUCACGGCAGCUGGAGGAUAAUCCAGAGUUGGUUUAUGGACCAGCUGAACAUCAGGUCAAUUGCGGACAGCUCGCACUGAUGAUGGGCUGUUUUGGAGAUGGAAAGACGAUUCCAGUCAAGUAUGUCAGAGCUAUCUUUGAAGACGAGAGACUGCCUAUUGAGGAAGGCUGGAAGAGGCGAUCGUGGUGGACAAUGGGUCUUGUUGAGUUCUUUGGUGCUGUCAAGAACUUGGUCAAUGCUGUUGGUGUGCAGUUCUAG